UAGUAGACCUGUCCGAUGGGAGGCUGAGAAACUACCAAUAGGCUCGUGGGCACUUGUCCAAGCCCCCUUCGCAGCCCAGGUUUAGGCUGAGGGGAAUCACUCCACGCCCCUCUCCUCCCAAGUCAGAUGGGUACGGAGGAUGGUCCAAGACUCCAGUUCAGAUCUCAGCGGAGAGCUUCAGCAGACACCCGCAGGUUGCAGCUUCGAAGCUUCUUCAGCUUCGGGCUCAGUAUCCGCAGCAGCUGCGCUCCAGACUCGCAGUACUACAGGCUUCCUGCGCCCAUGAACACCAACCAGACUGUCCCCCUGGGCCAAAUCAACCGCGCUUUUUCUCCGCCCAACUAUGAGCUACUCUCUGAGGAGCGAGAUCCGCGGAUGCCGGGGCAGGAUCCAGCCUCCACUAUCAUUAACGUCCACUCCUAUGAGCCUCACCCGAAGGAUUUCUUGGUCUGGUCCGUGUUCAACACGUUGUACAUGAACUUUUGCUGCCUGGGUUUUUUCGCGCUGGUCUUUUCAGUAAAGGCCCGGGACCGGAAGGUGGUGGGUGACCUAGAUGGGGCCCGGAGCUAUGGGUCCACAGCCAAGUGUCUCAACAUCUUCGCUCUGAUCUUCUCCCUUCUGGUGAUCAUUCUGCUCAUCGUCCUGCUGGCCAUGGGCAUCCUCGCGGUGACAGUUUGAAUGCCAUCCUUUGAAAACUACUCAUUUAUAUCCCUUGAGCGUUUAUUUAUUGAGGAAUGCCUCUUAGUUUUUACAAAGUUGAGUCAUUUCCUCUUUUAUAUCGCAAAUGAGAUCUUUAUCAGAGACUCUUGCUGCAAAGAUUUAUACCACAGCUAUCCAUUUCCGUCCUAAUUUUUUUAUUAAAAGAAUUUUUUUUUGUAUGUGAGGCAAUUGGGAUUAAGUGACUUGCACAGUCCCACAGCUAG